CCGGAGGCGCCUCAGCCGCAGGAGCCGCUGGAGCCCGUGUCCGUGCAGUGGCUGAGGGUGCGCUCCGAGGUGCAGCUGCGCUUCAGCCACACCCUGGUGCGAGCCGCGCUGCACAACCCGGCGAGCCGCGCGCAGGAGGUGCAGCUGCGGCUCACGCUACCCGACACCGGCUACGUCACGGGGAUGUCAAUCGAGAGCGACGGCAAGGCGUACAAGGCGUACGUCCGCGAGCGGCGCAGGGCGGACGGCGAGUACCAGCAGGCCGCCCUGAGCGGCCAGACGGCGGCGCAGGUCCGGCAGAGCAGCGCGCGCGACAGCAGCGUCAUGUCGCUGGCGGUGACGGUGGCGGCGCGCUCCGCGCUCACCGUCAACCUCACGUACGAGGAGCUGCUGGGCCGGCGCCGCGGCCGCUACCACCACGCGCUCGGCAUUGACCCAGGACAGGAGGUGAACGACGUGCGGGUGGACGUGUUCAUCCUGGAGUCGCGGAACCUCAGCAGCCUGCAGGUCUGCGCGGCGGGCAAGCCGCUGUACUCCGUGGACGAGAGAGACAUCGCGCAGCAAGGACUCCAGAACUACUCCUCCGGGCCGCUGGUGGUGCGUCGGGGCGCGGCCAACAUGGCGCACAUCCAGCUGACGGCCAACCGGGAGCAGCAGCUGCAGCUGUGGCAGCCGGCGGGCGGCGCCCCGCAGCUGCGCAACGCGCACCUGGCGCUGCAGACCGCGCACCCGCAGGCCGCCCUCACCGUCGCGUACGACGUGGACAGGAGCAAGUCCGUGUCCGGGGACCUUCUGCUCAUGGACGGCUACUUCGUGCACUUCUUCGCGCCGCCCGAGGUGCCGCCGCUGCGCAAGCACGCCAUCUUCGUCCUCGACACCUCGGGCUCGAUGUGGGGCCACAAGCUGAAGCAGCUCCAGGCCGCCAUGACCAGGAUCCUGGACACGCUGCACCCCGACGACUUCUUCAGCAUUGUGCAGUUCUCCAGCCAAGUCACCGAAUGGUCGCCGCACACCCUGGAGGUGGUAGGAUUGCGCGACAAGGAGGCCACACUCCCCGCCAACAAGGACCACAUCAACAAGGCCAAAAAGUUCAUCAACAACAUGGAGGCGUCCGGAGGCACCAACAUCGGCGGCGCGCUACGCUCUGCCGUGCGCCUGGCCGGCAAGCGCGACUACGACCGCUGGCCGACGUACCGCUCCGGGGCCGCGGACCGGCCGCAGCCUCUCAUCGUCUUCCUGACGGACGGGCUGCCCACCGUGGGCACGCUGUCGCUGGGCAGGGUGCUGGCGCAGACCCGCGCUCAGAACGUCGAAAUCAAGGCGGCCAUCUUCAGCCUCUCCUUCGGCUCGCGCAGCAACUGGCGCUUCCUGCAGCGGCUCUCCCUGCAGAACGACGGCUUCGCGCGGCGGAUCUACGAGGCGGGCGACGCGGCGCAGCAGCUUCAGGACUUCUACCAGGAGAUCGCCAGCCCGCUGCUCGCCAAUGUCACCUUCAACUACGUGGCCGCCAAGGUGGACGGCAACACGGUGACGAGGCGCAGCUUCCCGCUGCUGUACAGCGGCGGCGAGCUGGUCGUGGCCGGCAGGGUGGCCGACGGCGUCUCCUCGCUGGAGGCCGAGGUGGAGGUGUGGGGCGCGGCGCCGGGCGCCUCCGCCGCCGUGGGCGCGGCGCCGGGCCGGCGGCUGCUGCGGGCGCAGGCGCACGCCGCCAGGGCCGACAUCGUGGGCCUCAAGCCGCCGCCUCUCCCCAACAAGAAGAAGGGCGACACCAAGCCUCCAAUCGGCCUCCUGGAGCGACUGUGGGCGUACCUCAGCGUCAAGCAGCUCCUCGACGUGGACCUCAUGAAGCACGAGGAUGACAUCCUGGAAGAAGCGCCAAAGCUUGAGCCUGGCCUCGACCAGCCGCGCCGCCGCGCCCUGUACCUCGCGCUCAAGUACGGUUUUGUCACCCGGGUCACGUCCCUCGUGGUGGUGAAGCCGGAGUUGGCGGCCAACGGCUCGGCGAGCGUGCGGGAGGCGCCCCUCAGGCCGCUGCCCGCCGACGGCGGUGCGGAGCGGGACGCGGAGAACCUCGCGGGCAACAACAAGUACAGCGAGAUGCCGCUCACUCGCCCCGGACCCGGACACAUCCCCAUGAACUUCAAGCCGCUCCUGUUCUCCCAGGAGGCCGAUAACGCGACCGAGAGCCUGCCGCUGACGGCCAUCUCCUGGCUGUCCCAGCACACGGACUCAGCCGGCCGCCUUAGGCUCGGCCCCGCCUCCUUCAGUCUCGAGCUGCCGCCCAAACAGGAUCUACAGAGGCUGAUGUCCGCCGCCUCCAACCAGUGCCCCGGGAGGUCGUGCAAACCGCUUGCCAGCUGCGUGCAGCCUGCCGUUGCAGCCAGCUUCAUGGUGUUCAGGGACUACUUCUGCCCGCUGGGGACGUACGCUGGCGUGUGUUGUACUUUGUAAGUGCUCGGAAGAUUAAUUCCCAAAUCUUCAUUGGAGGGAGGAUGCUGAACUUGGAGCGCUACACAUCUGCCAGCCCAGUUCGCCAGGAAUUCCUGGGGUAACACGUCGAAACUUGGGCACCAAGCGAGAGUGAGAGCAUGUCAACCCCUUGAACUGAACCCCCGCCUUGUCCGCCUCCUGCUGGUCUCUAGUUAGGGGGCGGAUGACCCUAAAGUUUUGCUCACCUGGUGACCGAGUUGUUUGGCGAUAGCGAAACAGACUGCCAUGCCAUUGUGUUGCUCGUAGGAACAACACUCAACCACCAGCUAUAGCUGAUCAGGCCAGUGCUCUCUGGGUGAGCAAAACAACCUAAACCAAUUUUA